GCGCCCCACGCGGCCCCGCCCUCCCGCGCAGGCGCACGAGCGCUCGCCCAGUGGAGGACCGGCUUCCUAGCUGCUGGCGUCUGUGUUUGGUGGUCCAGUGGCGCCUGCCACAGCGUCCUCCGCGCGCCCCUCUUGCCUCAGAAUGACCUGGAGCUGCUGUUGACCUGCAGUCUUCUAGUUAUUUUACCAGAGGGUAAACAGAGGUCCAGAAGCUGAGGUAACUUUUCCCAAGUCGUAAAGCUGUGGUGGAGCUGGAAGAGCUGCAGCUGGGACCAAGGCAAGCUUCCUCUGCUGCCCUACCGCUGGGCCUGGAGAUUUUCUGGGAAAUUUCAUUGCCUACUCAUGCUCUGCACAGGAACAACCUUGUAGAGCAGAGACAGACACGACAGCCUCUGUGUGGUCCAGCUACCUAGGGACAGAUGAGUAGUGAUGUGCGUGUCCACUCCUGGCCUUGCUCCUAUUACCUGAACCUUGAGAAGCAAUGGGUUCCUGGGAAACUGACCUUGACGCCUCAUUCACUGAAGUUCAGUGCGGACAGAACUGGAGAGGUUCUCGUGGGCCUGCCUCUCUGCAGCAUCACUGAGAUCAGGAAGGAGAAUUCUCUCUUCAUCUUCAGUGCCAUCACAGUCCUGGAGAGGGGCCAGGCCAAGCACUGGUUCAGCUCACUGCAGCCCAGUCGUAAUGUGGUCUUCAAUGUCAUCGAGCACUUCUGGAGGGAGCUGCUCCUGUCCCAGCCAGGCACUGCUGCCAACCCACCCUCCCCCAUGACCAGGGGCCAGGAGCUGGUGGGACUGAUGGCUAGUUCCCAGAGACGCAUGGAAGACACAUCAAAGGUCCUUCAUCACCAGGGCGAGCAGCUAGACAGCGUCAUGAGGGGCCUGGAGAAGAUGGAGUCAGAUCUAGAUGUGGCUGACAGAUUGCUGACAGAAUUGGAGUCUCCUUCCUGGUGGCCUUUUAGCUCUAAGCUUUGGAAGACACCGGCAGAAGCCAAGACCAAGGAAGGUGUCUCUGUAGCCUCUUGUGAGCCCUUUGGAAAGGAAGGGGUAGUGAUCAGAGUCCCUGCUAUUGUUUCUCAGAGAACAGAGUCUCAUUCCAAGCCAGGAAAGCUCACUGUCCUGGUUUCUGGUUUGGAAAUCCAUGACUCCAGAUCAUUGCUCUUGCACAGGUUUGAGAGGGAAGAUGUGGAUGAUAUCAAGGUUCACUCUCCUUAUGAGGUCAGCAUACGCCAGCGGUUCAUUGGGAAGCCAGACGUGGCUUAUCGGCUGAUAUCUGCCAAGAUGCCAGAGGUCAUUCCCAUUUUAGAAGUGCAGUUCAGCAAGAAGAUUGAGCUCCUGGAAGAUGCCCUAGUCCUCAGGAGCAGGGCCCAGACUUCCUCUGCAGAGGGGAGUUGCUCCAUUCGGCAUGCAGCGUCCAGACUGAUGGGCUGCGCUACACACCGCGAGCUGCCCACCGGAGGCCAGGAAGGCGAGCAGCUGCAGCUGCAGAGGAACUGGCCACUACUCUCCGAGGGGGAAGCCCAGGAGCUGACACAGAUCCUGAGCAAGCUGAAGGGACUGGCGUUGGACACAGAGGCCGAGCUCGAGCGCCAGGACGAGGCUCUGGAUGGCAUCACUGUAGCUGUGGACCAGGCAACCCUGACUGUGGACAAGCAUAACCGGCGUAUGAGAAAGCUGAUGUAGUGGGGCAAGCUUCAGAACGGCCAUCCCUGGCAUGGCUCUCCUGAUCCUGCUGUUGAUAGCCCUGUGUCCUUUCAACUGGAACCUGGGGGGCCAUUCUUGGUGCUGGGAACUGCACCUUGCUAGGAUAGGCCACCAAGAGGCCAUGGCUGCAUGAGUGUGAUGUGUUUUCCAGGUGCCCUCAGCAUGUGGGCCAAGUCCUGUUCAGGUAAGGAUGGCCACCACAGCAUAGCCAUCCUUCCUGUCCUCACUGAGACCCCAGCUUUGUGCUACAACUGUGGGGCCAUGACCCACGUUACCGUGCACAAGUCACAUCAUAUUGUCAUCUUUUCACCAUUUUUGCCAAACAGUAAAGAAAAUGUCAGUCAUUCUGAGGGA